AUGAGCGGUGGCUUUCCACCCUAUGAGGCGCCUGAUCUCUUUGACGCCGAUGGUGUGGCACUCGUAGUCGAAGAAGAACAUCAGCAGGAGUGGUUCGGUAGCUCCUCUAUGGCCAACAACAACAACGCAGAAGAAAUGGAAGUUGAAGGAGAGGCUGGUGGCUAUGAUGGCCAAGACAAUAGUAAUGGAGGCGGUGUUGAUUUUGAUUUGGGCUUGUUGUGCCAAUCAUACGUGCAGUUGCAACGUGCAGCAGAAGCAUACCUCCGAACAGGCCAUGCUGCUUUGACGCGGCUGCAGCAGAAGCGCCAGAGAGAAGAGCAGUAUGAACGCUCACUGCGUUGUCGAGCGGAGUUUAUUGCAUCCACCGCAUUAUCGCCGAACAUCAAGCUGAACAUCGGUGGUAUGCGCUUUCACGUGCAACGUGACACUCUCUUGCAGUUUUCCAAGUACUCCAUGACGCUUUUUGACUUUCUCGAUGGUGAGAAGUUUAUAGUGCAGAAAGAUGAAUUUGGUUACGUCUUUGUGGAUCGUGACCCGUGGCUGUUCCGUGAGCUUCUCUUCCUGCUGCGUGAGCGGCGGGAGCGGAUAGCGAUGGUUGGACAAGGUCCGCCGCUGUUGCAGGGCGGUGUGGAGUAUGAACGGCUCGCGCGGCUGCCGCUGGCUGAGCAAAAGCGGGUCAUGGAGGAGGCGCGGUACUAUGGACUCAAUGAGUUAGUCGCGGAGCUGCAAGUGAAGCGGCACCAGUGGCAAAAGUGUGUGUUCAUGCCAGCAUCUGCUGUUGGUUGUGCAACUAGUGGUGAUGUUAUUAGUCAUAGUAGUCUAGAUGGAGACGUCCUAUUGCACCGUGGUGAGGAGGGUUGGCUGCGGCCACCAGAGGCCUGCUGCUUCGCCGCGUGUGUGCGUCUACAUGAUAGUGUGUACCUCUUUGGGGGGUGUGGAGAGCAGGAGGUGAUUAUUGAUUCCUUAUACCGACUCCAGCUCGAUCGCAACAGUUCGGAGGAGUGUAGUGAGACACAGCAAGAACAUGAAGAAGGACAGGCCAACAGUGGCUUGGGUGCCGCGAGUAUUCAGUGUGUUCGAUUCGAUAAGAUGGAACCGUUUGUCGAUGAUGUGGGGCAAACAACACCAGCUGUACCUGGUGCGCGUUCAGGGCACGCAAUGGUGACUUUUCAAGGAAGGUAUCUUCUGCUGUUCUACGGUAAUAAUCUUUCCUCUCACCUGAAGGAUGUAUGGGUGUACCACGCCGCGCGUAAUGUCUGGUCGCCUGUGAAGCUACGUGGAUCCCCUGUGGAGCCACGCUCUGGUCACACAGUAACGGUUGUACGCGAUCGCCUGUACCUCAUUGGCGGCAAAACCCUCUUUGGAUCGAUGAGGCGUCUCCUUGCGGAGGUCUUCGAAGGGCGCUUUGACGCGGGGCGGCAGGAGCUCACAUGGCGCCUCGUAUCAUGGCAGCAGCAGCAACAACAGCCGUCAUCGUACAUGAGCCGAUUCGCGGUGGCUGAGAGUGAUGAUGAGGAAGGGGAGGGACCCUGCAGCCUCCCACCAACGGCGUAUCAUAGCUCUGUGGAGUACGGUGGGCGUUACGUGAUCCUGUUUGGGGGACUCCGUGAGCCUCCCAACAGACACCGCGACGGUAGGGAGGGACAGCGGAACAGUAUGACACCCGGUGCUGCUGCUGCUGAUAUUUCUGCUACGCCAACGGAAGGUGGGGUGCCGCUUUGUGUGUACAAAUUCGAUACGCUUGAAUGUACGUGGUGUCGCCUGUGCACUUCGUUAGACUCGUCAAGCCUCGCGUGGUCAGACAUUCCGAAAUCUGGCCAUAUCGCUGUAAGAUGUCAUAGUGAUAUGUAUGUGAUGGGUUCAUAUGCAUUGCAGCAACAGCAAGAGCUGAGUCUGCUCCAAUUGUCACUACAGUCGCUUGUCUGGCGACGGAUACAAACAACAGUGGCGCCAACGCAAAGUCCCCCAUGCGGGAGGGCGGCGCCUUGUGGUGUGUUGUUGCCAUCGUCAGCCUACAGUCUGCGUCCUGUGAUUCUGUUGUACGGUGGAUAUAACGUGGAGUUGAGACAAUACUUUAAUGAUGCCUACAUCGUCACUUUGUGA